AUUGCUGAGCUAUUUCCUCUGGCCUAAAGCCCUAAACCACUGCAAAGGAGCACCUCUCUGGAGACUGGAGCCCUCUUCAGACUGUAAAGCGAGCAAAGGCAUCUCGUUGUAUGCCUCCUGUCCAACAUGUAUUCCCUCGCUCUUGCUUCGCGCACAAGCAGGGCAUUCCUUCCUUCCUCCCCUUCCUUCCUUGAAGAUCCUUCUCCAUCUCCACGCAGCCAGGCAGCCAGCGCUAAGCAACCUCACUCACUACAUAUCGGCCUUGUACAUUGCUUCCAGCUUCCUGCUGCAUCCGUUAGGACAUACAGACAUUGGUCGAGCAGAGCUGCCGAGAAGAGCUUGAGCGAGGAGCCGUACGCGCUGGAGGACAUGAACGCCGGCAUGUCGCCGCGGCCGAGCACGGACUGGGGCCCCAUCAUCGUGGCGGUGAUCCUGUUCGUGGUGCUCUCGCCGGGGCUGCUCUUCCAGCUCCCCGCGCGGACGCGGGUGGUGGAGUUCGGCAACAUGGGCACCAGCGCCAUCGCCAUCCUCGUCCACGCCAUCAUCUUCUUCUGCCUCCUCACCAUCUUCGUCGUCGCCAUCGGCGUCCACGUCUACGCCGCCUAGGCCUAGCCAGCUCGAUCCCCAGGCUGCUUUGACACGGUGAUGAUGUACGGUUUUCUGCAGUCCCUUGUAAUCCUGCUGCUCGUUUCAAUGAAGCAGAGUGAGAGACAGUACAGUUGUCUGUUGUCAGUUGAGAAUUUAGCUGUUCAUGUACACAAAAACUUCAAUUUGGCUUAUUUUUUUCCGGCAACCCAA